UCCUGGCUUCUGUGCUGUGCUUACCAGCAGUAUUUGGUUCAGGGUUACCUCUGUCAAUUCCAAUUCAAAUUGAAAAGACUUGAAUCAAGUCCCUGCUGGUGCAGACCAAGUGGACCCCUGGUAUAACUCAUGAAAUAGCUCUGGGUUCUUAUGCCGAGGGAAAGGUUUAUGAAAACACCACACAGAGGAAUCAGUUCACUUGCCUGCAGCGCUGAAGGGGUUAAGCAAAGCAGCUUCCGUUCACUGAAGCUCUAGAGGUGUAGCCGGGAGUCACAGCGCACUGAAACCAGCAGCAGGGUCAGAGCUGUUAGGAAGGGAGGAAGCGCUUCACGUCUCACGCAUCACAGGGUUUGCAGACAGGGCUGCUGUAGGUUUUUCUUCUCCUUUUCAACUUUUACAAACCGUUUGCCUGCAUUGUGAACCAAGACUCGUCAGGCUCAAGAUUAACCAUGGCAGAAUACGGUUUCGAGGAGAUUGGUGAGGAUGAAGUGAAUGACAUACGGGAAGCAAUGGAAGCUGGGGGUUUAGCAGGGGCUGCAGAACGUAUCCAGGCUUACCUGGAGUCGCUAGACAGCGUGGAGCUCAACAUCGCCAUCACCGGGGAGUCAGGAGCGGGCAAGUCCACCUUCGUCAACGCCUUCAGAGGACUGGAGGAGGAGGACGAGGGGGCAGCCCCGACGGGGGUGGUGGAGACCACCGCGGAGCCCACCGCGUACCCUCACCCCAAGUUUCCCAACGUCACGAUCUGGGAUCUUCCAGGGAUCGGAACGCCGAACUUCAAAGCAGAUGAAUACCUGGAGCAGGUGAACUUCAAGCGCUACGAUUUCUUCAUCAUCAUCGCGUCCGAGCGCUUCCGAUCCAACAACAUGACGCUCGCCAUGCAGAUCCAGGAGAUGAAGAAGAAGUUCUACUUUGUCCGCUCCAAGAUCGACGAAAACCUCAGGGCGGAGAGCAGAAAGAGAGGCUACAGCGAGGAGAAGACUCUGGACCAGAUCAGACAAAACUGCGUCCAGGGCCUGCAGGACCACGGGGUGAAGGACCCGCGGGUCUUUCUGAUCUCCAGCUUCGACCUGAAACUCUACGACUUCGACAGGCUGGAGGAGACCCUGGAGAAGGAGCUCCCCAAACACAAGAGGCACAUCCUGCUGCUCUCCCUGCCCAACAUCUCCCUGCAAGUUCCAAAGCGGAAGCAGGAGGAGCUGCGAGCCAGGAUCUGGAAACUAGCUGCCCUUUCGUGCGGGGUCGCCGCCGUGCCCAUCCCCGGUCUCUCGGUAGUUUGUGACGUCGCUAUCUUGGUUAGAGAGCUGACGCUUUACUACAACACUUUCAGCCUGGAUGAUGAAUCCCUUCAGAGCCUGGCCCAGAGGGUGGGUAAACCAGUGGAAGACCUGAAGUCGGUGAUCAAAUCCCCGCUUGCAAAGGAGAUAUCGACUGAUGUGGUCCUCAAGCUGCUGACGAAGGCAGAAGGAGGAGGGCUCAUGUUGGCAGGGUACUGGCUCCGGAUCUUCCCCAUCAUCGGAUCUGUAGUGGCGCAAGGGAUCUCGUUUGGAACCACCCGUUACAUGCUGAAGAGCUGCUUGGAGGAGCUAGCGGAGGACGCACAAAAUGUCCUUAAAAAAGCCUUUGAGGUGGAAGUAUGAAGCCUCCCAAUUAGUGGUUGCAAUCCUGGGAUCCUGUAUGCUAAUUCAGCUCCCAAAAUCCCAGGAUGUAUAGAAGAGAAUUAUUAUUUGUUUAUUUAGCAGACGCCUUUAUCCAAGGCGACUUACAGAGACUAGGGUGUGUGAACUAUGCAUCAGCUGCUGAGUCACUUACAAUUACGUCUCACCCAAAAGAAGGAGCACAAGGAGGUUAAAUGAUUUGCUCAGGGUCACACAAUGAGUCAGCGGCUGAGGUGGGAUUUGAACCGGGGACCUCCUGGUUACAAGCUUGUUUCUUUAACCACUGGACCACACAGCCUCCUAGGAUUGUAUUAAGGCAACUGGUUCUGUUUUUAGUCGCGAUUUUCCCUUGUUUUGUUAUGUCUGCUUCACUUAGUAACUAGGCAACCAAGCCCUGCCGCUGAAAUUAAAACCGUGAGAUUUGGAAUUUCGCUUUAAUGGUAACAACCACUGUCUGCAGCUACUCAGCUCAACGUGGCAGAGGGAAAUGAAAAAUGGACUUUUACUGACUGUGACAAAGGAGACUCAGAGGUGACAUUCAGUAUGUACACGGGUCAUUCCACGCCAACGCAACCACACAAAGGGGCGUUCUGUUGCUCGACCGUCUCAGAUUUUGUUAGAAAAAUUCACCUGGAGGUUUGCAACCUGGCCUGCUGAGUGGCAAAGGUCAACCUAAAGUGAAAAAAUCACCCUGGGCUCAACUUAGACGCUACCAUCAUGUGUAGCACCUCGUUCGACUCUUUCACCCCAAAAUCACUGCAAGAUAUUUUUGGAUAGAUGUUGAUGAGAUCUACAAGAAUCAAGCAAAACACUUUGGUAUCCGUGGAUUUUGGAGUUUUGGCUGUUUUUCUGAGAACCAAUUGAGGUUUUGGUAGUUUCAAAUGGGUCUCUGUAACAAAGAAAUCUAAGCUCCAUGUGCAAGUUCAUAACCUCUCAGCUCCAAGCUAGUGCCACUGGAAGCACACCCUGUCACUUUUUACUCUAGAUCUAACCCCAGACAAUGCACAAUUGAAGACUAACGCCAAUUUGGUUAGGACUAUGUGGACAGGGGCAGCAGUGUGGAGUAGUGGUUAGGGCUCUGGACUCUUGACCGGAGGGUCGUGGGUUCAAUCCCAGGUGGGGGACAUUGCUGCUGUACCCUUAAGCAAGGUACUUUACCUAGAUUAUUCCAGUAAAAACCCAGCUGUAUAAAUGGGUAAUUGUAUGUAAAAAUAAUGUGAUAUCUUGUAACAAUUGUAAGUCGCCCUGGAUAAGGGCGUCUGCUAAGAAAUAAAUAAUGAUAAUACUUUAGCCUCACCAAAGUGGCCAUAAGCAAUGCUCGAAAGCAUGACAAAUGCAACUUCAAAAAGCCAAAAUUCACAGAUACCAAAAUGAUUCUCUAGCCAAAGCUUGAUAUAAUACACCUGUGGAAGCCAUGUCUUUGAGCUUAUCUUUCAUAUUAUUAUUAUCAUUUAUUUCUUAGCAGACGCCCUUAUCCAGGGGCGACUUGCAGUCAUAAACAAACAUACACUUCAAGAAUCACAGUACUAUACUCAGUCAUUUCCACUUGACAUUUUUACCGUCUACACAGAUUUCACUGAACACAUCGUUCAAACUCCCACUUAUUCUCCACUCAGAGCUAUAAAACCCUCUCGCUCCAGUUGCUGGUCCACUUGGUAUACAUGAUCAUCCCAUUUCUCUACCAUGAUCACGUCCUCCUCCGUUCACAGAGCAGAAAUGUGUGAACGACUGCAUCAGAAAAGAUACCAUGCAAAGGAAACCGACGCGUCACUAACACCUGAACAAAACCCAGGUUACUGCACCAGGGUGCUGAAGAACUGUGUUUUUAAAAACGACUGACCUCUUCAUGAACAUGGCGUAGCUAUUACCAAGGAUUGUGUUUCUUACAGUAACGCGCUGGAUCAUUUUGUGCACAGUAUUUUCAUUUAGAAGAAGGAGCUCCUCCUCUAUCACAAGGGACGCGCCUGACUGCUGUUGUGUAGCUAUUUCAAAUGAAGGUGGUGGUGGUGGUGCUU